UCAGGGAGGGAGGAGGCCGCCGCCAUCAACGGCUGCCGCCGCGCCGACCGCGGCCGGGGGGAAGGGGCGGGCCUGUCAGGCGGGCCGGCUGAGGCGGAGGAGGCGCGGCUGCGGCGGGCCGGGGGGCGAUGAGGAGCCGCAGCAACUCGGGGGUGCGCCUGGACGGCUACGCCCGCCUGGUCCAGCGGACCAUCCUCUGCCACCAGAAUCCAGUUACGGGGCUGCUUUCAGCCAGUACGGACCAUAAGGAUGCUUGGGUACGGGACAACAUCUACAGCAUCCUGGCCGUGUGGGGGCUGGGGAUGGCUUAUCGGAAGAAUGCAGACCGGGAUGAAGAUAAGGCCAAAGCCUAUGAGCUCGAGCAGAAUGUUGUGAAGCUGAUGCGGGGACUCUUACAGUGCAUGAUGAGACAGGUAGAUAAGGUAGAGAAGUUCAAACGCACACAGAGUACCAAAGACUGCCUACAUGCCAAGUAUAAUUCUGCAACUUGUGCCACGGUGGUUGGGGACGACCAGUGGGGGCAUCUACAAGUGGAUGCAACUUCCCUUUACCUGCUCUUCUUGGCACAGAUGACUGCAUCAGGGUUACGUAUUAUCUUCACCCUUGAUGAAGUUACCUUUAUUCAGAAUCUUGUUUUCUACAUAGAAGCUGCCUACAAAGUUGCUGAUUAUGGAAUUUGGGAACGUGGUGAUAAGACGAACCAGGGCAUCCCUGAAUUGAAUGCAAGCUCUGUAGGGAUGGCCAAAGCUGCUUUGGAAGCAAUUGAUGAACUAGAUCUUUUUGGAGCUCAUGGAGGACACAAAUCAGUGAUUCAUGUUCUUCCUGAUGAAGUAGAACACUGUCAGUCUAUUCUGUACUCCAUGUUGCCAAGGGCAUCCACGUCAAAGGAGAUAGAUGCUGGCCUUCUCUCUAUUAUUUCUUACCCAGCUUUUGCAGUGGAGGAUCUAAACCUUGUUAAUGUAACCAAGAGUGAAAUCAUAUCCAAAUUGCAGGGCCGCUAUGGGUGCUGUCGCUUUCUCCGAGAUGGUUACAAGACACCUAGAGAGGAUCCAAGCAGACUGCACUAUGAUCCUGCUGAGCUCAAGCUCUUUGAGAAUAUUGAAUGCGAGUGGCCAGUAUUCUGGACAUACUUCCUAAUUGAUGGAGUAUUUAAUGAGGAUAAAAUACAGGUACAAGAGUAUAGAGAGGCUCUGGAAGGAAUACUUAUUAGAGAGAAGAAUGGAAUAGUGCUAAUGCCUGAACUGUAUGCGGUCCCUCCAGAAAAGGUGGAUGAGGAGUAUGAAAAUCCUCACUCAGUGGAUCGUGUCUCGGUGGGAAAGUUGCCUCAUCUUUGGGGCCAGUCAUUGUAUGUCCUUAGCUGCCUAUUAGCAGAGGGAUUUCUUGCUGCAGGUGAAAUUGAUCCCUUAAACAGGAGAUUUUCCACUGGAUUUAAACCUGAUGUUGUGGUACAAGUAACUGUUUUAGCAGAAUCUAAUCAAAUUAAGAAUCUCUUGCAAGACCAUGGAAUUAAUGUUCAGAGCAUUGCUGAUAUCCAUCCGCUCAGAGUGCAGCCAGCUCGCAUCCUGAGUAACCUCUACACCAUGCUGGGCCGGAACAAGAACAUGAAAUUAAGUGGACGGCCACACCGACAUAUUGGAGUGUUAGGCACCUCCAAGCUGUACGUGAUAAGAAAUCAAAUAUUUGCUUUUACCCCUCAGUUUACUGACCAGCAUCACUUCUAUCUGGCUCUAGACAAUCAGAUGAUUGUGGAGAUGCUCAAGACAGAGCUGGCUUACCUGACGUCUUGUUGGAGGAUGACAGGGAGACCAACGCUGACAUUUCCCAUCACCCACACAAUGCUUGUUGAUGAUGGUACUGACAUUCAUCCAGCAGUUCUUGCCACCAUAAGAAAAUUAGAGGAUGGUUAUUUUGGAGGUGCAAGGGUGAAGAUAGGCAAGCUAUCAGAAUUUCUUACCACAUCUUUUCAUACGUAUCUGAGCUUCCUGGAUCCCGACUGUGAUGUAAAACUGUUUGACAACCCUAGUGAAGGCCGCAAUAGUCCUGACAGUGAAUAUGGAAGCUAUCCAGCAGACUUCUAUGAAAGAGAAAGCCAGGAUGAGCUGGAUCAAUAUAUAAAUGAUGUCCUGCAGAGUACAGCACUGAGGUCAUACCUGCCUCCAACUUCAAAGACUGCAAAUCAACCACCUUUGUUCAGUGCAAACCAUUCCACAAAAGAGAUACUGUCAAUAAUGGCCAAGACAAAGGGCUUGGAGGUUCCAGCUAUGUCUAUGUCUCUUCCCACUAAAGUUCUGAACACGCACCGGAAGUCUCUGAAUCUUGUUGAUAAUCCCCAUUUCUUUGAGACAAAGGACCGUGAAAAUGUUUUGCACUUGCCUAAAGAUGCUCAUGGUGAUUUGGAUUGCAGGAAGCUUGUUGAGCAGCUGAAGCAAUGUCCAACGCUCCAUGAUCAAGCAGAUAUCUUAUAUAUCUUGCAUAUACUAAAAGGCGCUGACUGGGACACAGAGCUGGAUGGACAGUACGGCGUCACGGUUCAUUGCCUACUCAACGAGCUCUACAGAAAGGCAGGCCUCAAUCAAGAAUGGGGCUUAAUCCGUUAUAUUUCUGGUAUACUCAAAAAGAGAGUGGAAGUCCUGGCUGAGGCAUGCACAGACCUUCUGUCGCACCACAAGCAACUUACAGUGGGCCUGCCACCAGAACCCCGUGAGAAAGUCAUUACCACCCCGCUGCCACCUGAGGAGCUCACAGAUCUGAUUUAUGAAGCCAGCGGCCAAGACAUCAGUAUUGCGGUCCUGACACAGGAAAUUAUUAUGUACUUGGCGAUGUAUGUCCGGUCACAGCCUAGUCUUUUUCUGGAGAUGCUCAGGCUCCGCAUUGGUCUGAUAAUUCAGGUGAUGGCCACUGAGCUGGCUCGAAGUCUGAAAUGCUCAGGUGAAGAAGCUUCAGAGAGUUUGAUGAAUCUGAGCCCCUUUGAUAUGAAAAAUCUCCUACACCAUAUUCUCAGUGGAAAAGAGUUUGGAGUGGAAAGAAGCUUGCGACCUGUAGAUUCCUCUUCAUCUAGCCCUGCGAUUUCUAUUCAUGAAAUGGGGCAUUCUGGAGCAACCAAAACAGAAAGAAGUGGUAUUACUAAAUUGAAGAGUGAGAUGAAGCAGAGGGGCAGUACUCCAUCGUCUCCCACUAGUACUUCUCCUACUGGUUCCAGUGGAGACACCAGCUGGGGUGACCGCAAAGGGCAGUGGCUGCGCAGAAGGAGGCUUGAUGGUGCUAUUAACAGAGUUCCUGUUGGCUUUUACGAGAAAGUGUGGAAAAUCCUUCAGAAGUGCCAUGGUCUGUCCAUUGAUGGGUACGUCCUUCCUUCUUCAACCACCAGAGAGAUGACCCCGUGUGAAAUCAAGUUUGCUGUGCACGUGGAGUCGGUGCUGAACCAUGUACCCCAGCCUGAGUACAGGCAGCUCUUGGUGGAAGCUAUUCUCGUUCUCACGUUCCUCUCUGACAUCGAGGUGAACAGCAUCGGGGGCAUCAUCCAUGUGGAUCGAAUCGUGCACAUGGCCAACGACCUGUUUCUGCAGGAGCUGAAAUCAUUUGGAGCUACUGGUAGUGUCUUGGAGAAAGACGUAGCCACAGGAAUUUGCCACUUUUUUUAUGACAGUGCUCCAAGCGGGGCCUAUGGCACCAUGACGUACCUAACAAAAGCCAUCAUUAUUUAUUUACAUGAUUUCCUGCCUAGCACAGGCUGUGCGAUGCAGUAAGUGAUGCCUCGUGCGGGAGGGAAGGCUCGGAAGCUCUUCCUGCCCAUUUCCCUGUCACGAACCUCUUGUUUGGUUGCUGCAUGUUUGUGUGCCGUGCACUACCUCAGCCUUUCACACUCGUCGUGCUACGUGCACACCUCCCUGCGGGGGACAGGCAGGUGGAAUUUGGCCCACCCUGGGUUUAAGAGUGUGUGAGAAGUAACAAACGAUGAGGCUUAUUCUGCCCAAAGUGCAUAAAUGUAAUUCAUAUUAAAUUACCAAGAAUUAUACAGUUCUGCCAGGGGGAAAACAGAUCACUCUGUGGAGAUCAAAAGGCGUAAUAAAACGAGGGAGCUGUAUCUCAAGCAUGAAGCCUUCCAAAUAAGGGAAGUGAUGGAACUCAUUAAUUUUUCUCCUGCUGUGUGUAAAUGUACAUCAUUGUGAAUCACUAAUGCGCAGUGUGAAACAUCCAGGGAAAUGUAAAUUAGAAGAAUAGGAAUAACUUGAAAUACCCAGGUGAUAUUUCUAAUACACGUUUCUCCUGAUUCUCAUCUCAUUUGCACCUAGUCAGUGCAGGGCUAACGACAGUAGAGACAAAUGUCUUACAAUAUCCACUAAUUUGAGAGGAUAGCCUCUCUCAGGAGGCUGCAUCUGGCUUUAAUCUGAACAAAAUAGCUUCCUUCCUGCAUCCCCAAGGCUUUGGAGGCAAAACCUCAACUCUCCAGCUCCUCCAAGGUGACAGACAGUUUUAUGCCUGUAAUCCUUUCCUCUGAAUGGAACAAGAUAAACCUCUUCCACUCAAGCAGCCUUUCCAAGUCCCCUGAUCCUUUCCCUUGCAAAUAGCCUCAGAGUUAAGAAUGGCAUAAUUGCCACCCUUCCAGCGCAGCAUGAGUUUAUGGAAGGCUUUGAUGUUUCUCCUUUUUUUUUUUUUUUUUUUUUUUUUUUUUUUUUUUUUUUUUUAUUUGAAGUUACACUUGUCACAUGUAGUUAGGGAAGGGUUGCCUGGAAGUCUCCCUUCAGACAGCUCCCAUGUUAGUGCCUGUGCCUUGAAUCCGCCCACUGGAAACCAGUUUCUGUGGCUGCUCUGAGCUGCUGUGAGGAGAAUCGGUGUGUCCUGCAGGAAAAUGGCUCCGUGGCCAUUUAAACUGAAAACAGAGGUAGGCUGCCUCUGGAGGGGAAGGCCCUGCUUUGCCCCAGGCCUCGGCUGUGGCUUAUCUUGUGCCGGCACUGCUGGUUUUGCCACCAGCACCCGGCUGGCAGGAAAGUGGCUGUAGCUGGAGCCCGUCCCGUGGGCACGGGCUCGCUCGGCACGGGGAGGUGUGCCGGCGCUGCCGCCCUGCGAGCAGAGAGGGUCAGAGAGAUUUUGUGCUGCCAGGUAGAGGGGAAGAGAGCAGAUACGGCCUGCAAAAAGUAUUUUCUGUGCUGAUAAGCCUACAUCUAUGCCAUUUUGACAGGAUUUGAAAGCUUUUUUUGUAACAACAGUACAGGGUGCUUUUGAGAAGGAGGGGUUUGGUUCCAGUUUUAUGCAGCUACCUGAAAUACCUUGCUGAAAGGAGGGAAGUAAACCCCCGAGUCGGCAGCACCGGUGGUCGGGAGGAGGCUGAGCUCCCGGGGCGCACGCCGCCGCGCCUGCCCUCCUGCUACAGCCUCGCUGCCGCUGCAUCGGCAGCCAGCCGCCGGCUCAGGAGAGCGAAGGUGUGGGAGGCCUCAGGAGGAGGUUUCGUGGUUUUGCAGAGGCCAGGAGAGUUGGGCGCUCCAAGGGCCUGGGAGCCCUUGGACUGGGCGCUCAGAGAGAGGCACGUACUGCGUUAACCACCGUGCAAACUGCGAGCCUGCUGGGGGGCUCGUGUACGGGUACGGUUCAGGUACAGUUAGCACUUGGAUGUGGAAGUCGUUUUAUUGGCAUGGUGCCAGUUUUGUAGGGUUUUGCCUUCCUUAUGGUUUGGUUUGUUUCGUUUUGUUUUGGUUUCACACAUAUUGUGAGAGAUCACUUAGCUUGUUUCCCAGUAAACGAAAGUAAAAUCCUUUGUCUACUUUAAGCAGACGGAUGUGACAGUGCAGAGCGUGAGCAUAAAGGAGCCUCUGUGAUGGUUUCUUCUUCUAUCGGGUAUCCUACAAAAAGUCAGCAGUAACAGUUAUUUUUGCUUUUCUCAUUGAACCCUAGGUUGUGAGAGAUGCAAGAUGAUUUUCCCUCAGACACUUUAGUUAUUUUUUUUACCUGCAGUGUGACCUUGUUUUCAGAAACAAGAAGGGUGAUGUGUUUGGUUUUACAUGCAGCUGCAUUGAAGUCUAAAGCAAGCGAGUGAGCCUGUGGCCAAACAUACCUGGACACCCCUGAACACUUGUUUUUUUUAAUGGGAGUAUCACUGAUAUCUUUAAUUCAAAAAUCAUAGUAUGACCUAUGGUAUAUUUAUGAUUAAUCAUGAAGUAGAAUGCUGGCAUUUGGGAAGUUUUAAUGUGAUAAUUUGAAGUGUUUAGGUAGCUGGUGAUGGAGGGUGGGAUUCUGAAACAUGAGGCCAAUGGAAGGGAAACUCCUGUUACCUUCAGGUCGGGCACAGCAGCAGCUUGCUGCUGCGUUACUGCUCGGACCGAAGAACAGUUCCCGCUGGAGAGUCGCGUUUCGGUGGAAACCUGAUGAAGCAACUGAGGUUUUAUAUAGCCCCCUGCUUUGCUGGGGAUCCACCCGUGUGUGUGUGUGUGUGUGUGUGUGAAGCGGCCGCAAAGCAGAGCUGGCGCUGGCGGCGGCAGGGGUGUGCUCCCAGCUAAAAUACGUGAGGAGGUUGCAGUUUGUGCGGGCUGAGCUAAUGGGUGGAGGCUCAAGGUGGCUGCCAGGCUUCCCAGGGGAGCCAGCAGAGGAUGACACGGCUGACGUCAAGUCCCUGGAAACUCAUUUAUGGAAGGAAGGCGAAACUAAACAGACGCAUCCUGUGCCUCAGCAGCAACGGCGUUCGUCAGUUAAAAUAGACCCGCUUGAGGCGUAGGCUUUCCAGUCCGAGGGGCACGGCUGCCCUCAGCAGUUCGCAGCCGUGGGGCCAGAAGCACCUACACGGCUCUGGGGGGGCCGCCGGAACGGGGCUGGCAGGGGGAACUGCCCAGAAUAAUUAGGAGGGGUGUCGGGCUCAGUGCACAUGCAGCCUGCUGGCCCCGACCCGGCUCCCCCAGGCCCGCAGCCGCCCCACUCGCUGCCUCGCGGCCGGUUCCUUCUCCCCGCUGCUGUGCCAAGGGCACGAGUUUGCCAAACUAGGCAGAUCAGAGGCGGCAUUAAUCUCCCUCAGCUGCAGUUCCGGCAAGUAAAUGUGAAAACCUAAUGCUUGGGGUACAAAGUUUGUCAAAAUCAGUUUCUGACCUGAUAAUUGUGGAGCUGGGGCCAGGGCAGGUCCAGCACUGGGCACUCUGUGGUGCGGCCAGAGGUGGGAGCAGAGCUGCCCGGGAAGGGGGAGGAAGAGAGGUGCCACCAGCAGCAGCGUCUGCACCUGCGGGGCAGGAGUUGGGGCGCUCGGCUGCCGACUGAUUCAGUCCCUGCUCAGAGGACUGCUCGCUGCUGGAAGUAGCCGCUGCAUAAAAUUCUGGGACAAAAAAAAAAAAAUAAAAAAGAAAAAAAGGUGUGUGUGUGUGGGGGUUAUGGAGGAAGAUCUUCAGCUGGAGCAGCUUGGAUUUAAGUACAUGUUGCUGCGCUCUCACCCACUCCCAGUUUUAGUCUCUAGUGCUGUUAGAUGUUGCACAGGUUCUCCCCCUGCCACCCCCCCUCUUCUGUUAGGGGUAGGGGGGCUGCCCGGGCAGGCUUUGGUCUCUUUUGGCUUGAUGGCUCAGCUCCUCUCGCACCCAGCGCCGCUCCACCGAAAGCCUCUCCUCCCUGCCUGCUGCGCGGGGCGCCCCUACCCCACGUCCCCUCGUGGAGUGGCCCCUCGAGGCGGGUGUCCCUGGGGUCUCUUCGGGCGCGUGGCACACCGUCCCCCGCGGUUCUGCGCUCCCACCACUUGCUGCGGGGGCUGGCGGCAGAGGGGGACCCCGGCGCCGCUCUGUCCCCCUGCGCCUCGCCGCUCCGUGCCCACAGCAACGAAACCAAGGGGGGAGGUGGGGCCCCGCCACGCGCAGCGGCAUUUGUCCAUCUCAGGUGGAGCCUUUGUGUCGCCCCCCUCGAGUAAGGUGGGACUGAACCCCGCCCUGCCCAGAUCAGAGUAAAGGCGUGCUAAAAAAAUACACAGUCAAUGUUAGCAAUGCUGUUAGAAUUCUACUGUAAAUUUUGUUUGCACUACUGAAGAUUUUUCUUUCCCCGUCCCCUAGGCAAGAGAAAUGAGUGUGUGCAUGUUUAUUCAUUCGUCUGUCAAGUUACAAAAUACUUCUGGAAAAAUAUUUUGCUUUUAAUUGUAGAAAAUAAGACUUAAGAAAGACAGCAGUUCCCUAAGCUUGGGCUGCUGUUACAUUCUGUGACGAGAAACCGGGAAGGAUGCUUUCUUUUUUUGUACUUCCAACACUGUUGUUAAAUAAAACCUUUCUACUUUA